UCCCAAUACUGCUGUCUAAGCGGUGGAUCCUCGCCUACAUCGGCAUGGUUGGAUUUUUCUUCAUCUACUCUCUACGGGUCAACUUGAGCGUGGCCAUCGUUUGUAUGGUCAAGGAUGACGUCAACAAAACCACCUCCACCAACCUCAGCACCUCAAACGAGGCCACGUGUACUGCAGACACCCCCUCCAAUUCUACAAACAACGGGGAGUUUGACUGGGACAAAGACACACAGUCUCUUAUGUUGUCUGCCUUCUUCUACGGCUACAUAGUGCUCCAGGUCCCCGGAGGGUGGAUGGCUGGACGUUUCGGCGGGAAGAGAGUGCUGGGCAUAGGGGUACUGGUCACUGCGAUAGCCACUGUCCUGCUUCCUGUGGCGGCCAGGCAAGACCACAGGGCCGUGUAUGCCCUGAGGGUGAUCAUGGGACUGGCUGAGGAGGUGCAGCGUUCAUCUGGGUGUUUGCGUGGUUUGUGUUCGUGUACGACUCCCCGGAAGAUCACCCCAGCAUCUCACAGGCAGAGCGAGAUUACAUCGUCAGCCACAGGGGAGACAAACAGACCAAGAAAUUCAAAGUACCCUGGAAGUCAGUGGUCAAGUCACGUGCAAUGUGGAUGUGCCUGGGCGCUCACCUGUGUAACAACUGGAUGCACUACACACUUCUCACAGGCUUGCCCACAUUCAUGAAGCAAGUCCUUAAAUACGACAUAAAGCAGGCGAGUAGUGAGUUUGUAUUGUAAAGCUUGUGAAUUUGCAGUUCAUGGAAAAUUUCAUCUCUAGAUAUGUUUUUGUAUCCUCUAAGGAGUACAACCAGAUGUGCAUGUGUGUGUGUUUGUCUCUGUGUGUGUGUGUGUG